AUUACGAUUCCUUUACCUUUUUGACAAGCGGACGAAGAAGCAGCUCUUGUUUCGAGUUGCUAUUAAAAUCUGCUUUUUUCUAUUACAUCGCGUUUUAAAAACAACCCAAAAUGGUGGUGAAGAAGCCCAGACCAAAGAAGAAGCCAGUUACUAAGAAGGUUGCGCCAGCUCCAUUGGCCGUCAAGAAACCUGUGGUGAAGAAAGUUGUAAACCAACUCUUCGAAAAGCGUCCCAAAAACUUUGGCAUCGGUCAGAAUGUCCAGCCCAAACGUGACUUGUCUCGUUUCGUGAAAUGGCCCAAAUACAUUCGUAUUCAGCGACAAAAGGCUGUUUUGCAAAAACGCUUGAAGGUGCCACCUCCAAUUCAUCAAUUUACUCAAACAUUGGAUAAAACCACUGCUGUAAAAAUGUUCAAACUUUUGGAGAAGUACCGCCCAGAAUCGGCCUUGGCCAAAAAGCAACGUUUGAAGAAGAUUGCUGAAGCUAAAGCUAAGGGUAAGGAAGUACAGCCCAAGAAGAAGCCCACUUUCGUGCGUUCUGGUACAAACACUGUGACCAAGCUGGUUGAACAGAAGAAGGCUCAACUAGUCGUUAUCGCUCAUGAUGUUGACCCCUUGGAGCUGGUUCUGUUCCUUCCCGCACUUUGCCGCAAAAUGGGUGUGCCUUAUUGCAUUGUUAAAGGCAAGGCACGUCUGGGUUUGUUGGUGCGCCGUAAAACAUGCACAGCAUUGGCACUGACAAACGUUGAAGCCAACGAUAAGGCGAACUUUGCCAAGAUCCUGGAGGCCGUCAAGACCAACUACAAUGACCGUCAAGAUGAGAUCCGCAAACACUGGGGCGGUGGUAUUCUGGGCUCCAAGAGUUUGGCUCGCAUCGCUAAAUUGGAGCGCGCCAAGGCGCGUGAAUUGGCACAAAAACAAGGCUAAACAGCUGGUGGGUGUAUCAGUUAAUUAUUUUAUAAUAUAAUGGGAUCUUGUCAAGCAGCGAAAGGUUAAUGACAAAAUAAAUAAAAUAGAUUGUACUGAACUUCCA